UCACUUUUAAUAACAACGGAAUAUAAAAGUUACAAUUUAAAUGGAAAAGUUCUUAUUACAACUAUAAUUUGAUGUCGGAAGUUUGUGUAUGAAACAUUGAGUGUAACUGUUUAAUUAUGAGUUCUCUACUAUCUGCAGAACUUUCAGCAACUUGCAAUGCAUUGGGGACAUUGAACAAGAAAACAGGAAAGUAUUUGAUAGAUGACUUUACUUUGAAUACGGUUAAAGAUCUAAUAAGAUAUCUGAGACGUGAUGGAGAAGAUCAUGAGAUACGAAGACAUUUUGGACAAACUAAAGUGUUACAAACCGACCUACUACCCAUGCUUGUCGAUCACUGGGAGAAAGAAGAACUUUUUGACGUUACUCUUCGGCUUUUAGUAAAUUUGACCAACCCAGCUCUCCUAUUGUAUAGAGAAGAGGUACCAGUUGAGAGGACUGCUCGACACAAUUAUUUACAAAUAUUGACACAUUUACAGUCUUAUAAAGAGGAAGCUUUUACAAAAGUUGAAACUUGGCAAGUUUUUGCAAAGAAAUUAGCAAAGAUACUUGAAAUUGAUUGGUCUGAAAGAGACGAAGACACGGGAUUAAUAAUAGAAAGAAUAUUGAUCUUAAUUAGGAAUGUUCUGCAUGUUCCUGCUGACUUAGACAAGGAGAGAAGACCAGAGAAUGACGCUAGUGUUCAUGAUCAGGUUCUUUGGGCAUUAAAUCAAGCAGGAAUUUUGGACAUAAUCCUGUACAUGUCUUCAGAGAAUGAGAAACAGUACUUUAUGCAUAUCAUAGAAAUAAUAUCUCAUUUAUUGAGAGAACAGAACCCCACUAGCUUAGCAGAUGCAGCUUUACAGCGAAGUGUUGAUGAGAAACUCCGAGAUGACCAGGAAUUAUUAACUAUGAGAAUGGCGGAGACGAAGGAGAGAAUGAAUAAAGUAAAAAUGUAUUCAUCUACGAGGCAUUCUCGUUUCGGCGGUACUUACGUCAUACAAAACAUGAAGUCUAUAUCAGAGAACGAACUCAUUUCCCUUAAACCCUUAAAUAAAAUAUCAAACUUAGAUUUUAACGGCAGCAAAAAAUCUAAACUAGUCAAACCCAAGAACAGAAGGCCUACCGAGAGCGGCAUGUUGGAACGAAGAUCUGCAUUCGCUAUCAGAUUAUUUCUCAAGGAGUUUUGUAUAGAAUUCUUAAACAGUUCGUACAACCCUAUGAUGCAUUACGUAAAGGAUGUGUUGGUGAGGGCGAAGGCUCAACAGAAUGAUGAGUCGUACUACUUGUGGGCCAUGAAGUUCUUCAUGGAGUUCAACAGAGGACACGACUUCCAAAUUGGAUUAGUCAGCGAGACGCUGUCGCUGCCGACGUUCCACUUCGUGCAGCAGCAGAUGGAGAAGUACAGCGACAUGAUCAAGGUGGAGAGGAAGAAGUUCCCGGUGUGGGUGCGGCGCCUGCACGUGGCGCUGCGCGCGUACCGCGAGCUGCUGCAGUCGCUGCGCGCCGCGCGCGGAGCCGAGCCCGCCGUGCGCGACGCGGCGCGCGUGCUGCAGACCAACCUCUUCUACGCGCCCGACUACCGCGAGUUCGUGCUCGCGCUGUUCCUCGCCUACGACGAGAACAAGAUGCCGAGCUCAUAUUUAGCAGAUUUGGUCGAGACGGAACAUUUGUUUCUGAAAUUGCUGGAAGAGUUUUGCAAGAAUACCGGACUCGUGGUGCAGAAGAAAGUGAGGAAGAAGGGAAAAUCUAAAAAACAAAAACCUCGUGCUCCCAAACCCAAACGAGUGGAGACAGCGCAAUGGGAGGAAGUUCGCCCCCAAGUCGCCGCAGUUCUCAGGGCGGGGGUGGAAGAGUAUCCACCGCCAUUCGACGCAGCUUCCGACACACCCAUAGAUCAACAAAAGGAGGAUUGCAUGAAGAAGAUCCAAAAAUUGAUGCGCGAACACAAGUAUGAAGGUGCUGUCGGUACGCUACGAGCCGCCAGGGAAGUGUGGCCCGAGGAAGGAAUAUUCGGCGUUGCCGGUGUAACGGCGGACGAAGAGCUCGACAUGCUGGAGACCAUUUAUAAUACCGACUUAGGAGUCGAAGUAGAUGCAUCCAUUAAUGAGGAAGAGGUGCAAGAAAAUUCGGAGUACGAUGACGAUGACGAAGAAGGAGAAGAAGAAGAUCGAACAACGUCCGUCGUGGAAACAGAUUUCGAUUUCCAAGAUUUCGUUCUAAGGUUCUGCCACCCGCGCGUGGUGAGCGCGUGCGCGGGCGUGCUGGCGCGCGAGGCGGGCGGCGCGCGCGCGGCGCACUGCGCGCUCAAGCUGCUGCACCGCGUCGCGUGGGACUGCGCGCGGCCCGCCAUGCUGUUCCAGGCCUCGCUGUUCCUCGUGUUCCAGAGGAUACUCGACAAGCCCGUCCCGCAUCGCAAGGAAUUGGAGAAGUUCGCCAUAUUUAUUUUAAGAAAAUUCACCGAAAUAGCAUCGAAGAGCAAUAAAGUUUUUAUCGAGCUGUUAUUUUGGAAGAACUCUAAAGACUCCGUCGAAAUCGAACACGGCUACGAUCUCUACCACGACCAGAGAGAUAAGCCGGGCCGGGCGGUCUGGACGGAGGAGCAGGAAGAGGAACUUCGGAGUCUGUACAUGGAGAAUGUGACGAGACCGGAAAGUGAUCAGGAUGUAAUCGACUGGAUUUUGGACAAUUUAAUCGACCAAACUCGUACCAGAAGAAGUGUCAUCAAGAAGCUAAAAGAACUAGGUCUCAUAUUCAAGGCACCUACUAAAAAGAGUAACAGAGAGAGACAGGAGAAAGUCUCCAAGGAGUUCAGUGAAGAAGAGGAUAACCUUCUGGCCGAGCUUUGGAAACAAUACCAAGAUUCACCAGAUCCAAUGGGGCUAAUAACCGCCCGAAUGCCCCGCAAGCGAUCGAAGCGUAGCUUUGUGGAGAGAAUGCUAGAAUUGGGUAUUAUACAAGACAAGAACCAGUGCCGUAAGAGGCGCCAAAGGAAAACUAAGAGUUCGGGAGACGAUGGCGAUAAAUCGAACGAUAGUUCAUCCGAAUCUGAACAUUCAAGUUCUGAUGACGAAAAUGAAGCGCGACCACCAUUGCGUACUAUUAACGUUAAGCGUAAGAAACCUUCGAAGAAGAAAGAAAACAGCAAAGCCAAGAAGGCCGAGAGGCUCGAAUUAAGUGCAAGUGAAAUUGCAAAACUGUUGAUCCAGGCUGUCGAGAGUGGUUUGUCAGAAGCACUCAAAUGGCUAGCAGAGAAUUUAGAAGAAGUAGCUCUCGAUCAGGAAGCGGAAGGCUUCGACCCCGAGUCAGAGGGAACUCCGCUCGUGCCUAUUUCAAGCGAAUCCGUCGAAGCGAUGGACAAUGCGCUGUUCGUGAAAGUAUUGAAGAGCAUUGGGGUUGCACCGCCCAGUGACGAACAGGAAUCAUAUUGGAGGAUCCCGAGCAGGAUACACUAUGAAACUAUACGGAAAAGGCGAGAGAUAGUCAUGAAGGCCGUCAACAAAGAACUCCUUGUAGAUAGUACGAACGAUACCAACAGCACUGAGAAUAACGCUAGAGCGACACAAGAGAAUAAUGCCAAAGAUGAAUCUAGUGACGAUGAUGACUUAUUCGAUACUCUCCGGAAGAUGCGUGAUGUGAGCUCUCAAAAAAGCAGCCACCCGAAAAGCAAUAUUUCAAAUAAUCGUAAACGUAAUCGCAGCUUAAGUUCCGACGAUGAAAAUAAUCGGAAAAUGCAGAAAAUCGACGAAGACGACAGCGAAGAGGAUAUUCUAUCGUUCGCAAAGAAGACGCUGCAGCGCGACGACUUGCCGGACACCGAGGAGCCGCUGGCCGACCGGCCGGCCGACCUGCCGGCACGCGAAUCGGACGGCGCGGGCGGCGCGGCGCGGCGGCGCGGGCGGCGCGUCUUUAGCGACGACUCCGAGUGAAACUUAUUCCGGGCGGCGCGGCCUCGCUCGGAGUUAUCAUCUCAC